AUGCACGAGCAGCCAUUCCGCAAGAUCAUUCGUAAAUGUGUAACAUGCUGUCGACACAGAAGUGAGCUGUCAUAUCAAGCAAUGGGCGAUCUUCCAGCAUCCAGAGUGAAUCCCGCAAGAGCUUUUUCGAAAUGUGGUGUGGAUUUUCCGGGUCCUUUCCAAGUUAAACCGAAGAAAGGGCGCGGUGUUCGGACAGUGAAGAUCUGCGUUUGUGUUUUCGUAUGUUUAGUACUAAGGCAUUUAGAACAAGUUGGAGACAUGACGACAGAUUCCUUCAUAGCAGCUCUAAAACGAUUCAUUGCCAGACGUGGAAGACCGGAGGAAAUGUAUAAUGAUUGCGGCACUAAUUUUAUAGGUGCCAACAGACAACUGAAAUCAUAUCGUUCGGACCAAAGGGUAACUAGAUACUUAAUAGAGGAAGAAAUUAAGUGGAAUUUCAAUCCGCCUUCUGCGCCACACUUUGGUGGACUAUGGGAAGCUGCGGUAAAGGCUAUAUAUAUAGAGCCUUUACCGCAGCUUCCCAUAGUCCAUAUAUCAUAUGAGAAGAGCAAUUGGUUCUCAAGUUCUAACUUUUGA